UCGUCCGGCAGAGUUGGCAGAGCAUGGCGCUUCCGACCGAAAUGUCCGGCUUACACGGGAGCUCCAAUCCGAUGUUAUUGGACAAGAGGUCAGCCGACUCUAUCUGUGCAGUACUGACGGUCUAAUGGCGCCCACCCCUCUUUCGAUUCCUCGGUGGGCAGCAUCUCUCCACCGAUUCCUGGAGGCUUGCCCUCUGCGGGUAUCCGAACCGAGCUCGCAGUGGUUCUCAAUGACGAUUACUGCUGCUUCGCCCGUCGAUUAAUUCGAGAGGCUAGGAAGGAAGUUCAAAAGCCGCCUUCAUGUUGGGCAACAAGAUUAGACACCAGCACUUGGACCGCCUGACUCGAUGUACACCAUCUUUGUCCCUGGCCAGACUUGUCGCUGCCGGACUGUGCGAUGAGCGAGACAUGAAAGUGUGUGAGGACUUCUGAAAAGUUGCUACCGCGCUCUUAUUAUUAGAGAAGAAAGGAAUCGAAAAAAGACCUACAGAAUCUCGCCCGGGGGGCAGUUGUCCCUCUCCCUUGGGCCCCCUGCGCCAGCUUAUGUAUGGGAUUGGAGCAAAUAUCCUGCGGCAUAGCAACACAGCAGUCGCUCCGGUUCCUAGUGCUCAGCCAGCCAGCCAGCGCACUACCUCGGGCGGCAGCAGGGUGUUCUUUUCCUUGUUUGAGACCAACACCGAAGGGGCAAGGAAGCAUUCCCGCCUAAAAUCAGCUUGUGGAAUAGACUUGCACGAGCCCAAGACAAGUCCCGGCCAAGGCUCACUUGGUACUUUGGGGGUCUUCUCACCGCAACCCUGGCUGAACGCAACCCAAUGUGCCCGUUCCUAUUCGAGCCCAACGUUGUUUUGACGCUCUAUCUGACCAGGUCAGCCCGGUCAGGUUCUGGGCCCUUCUGCACCCGAGAACGCUGUGCAGGUAGAUCUUUCUUGUCGCCUGAGCAGACUUACACGGCCACCUGGGCAAAUACCCACCCACCCGCCACGCCUUCGUCACUCGCCCCAAAACGAACCUUGGAACUUCGCACACGCACACGCACACUCACACGCAUCCUCUCACACACCACUCCCCGAUACAUUCAGCCUCCUGCCUCCUUCCCACCUUGCCCCUGCGUACACAGCUCCAACGCCAUCAUCUCGUGACGAUCCCGGACCAAAGCUUAUGCUCUCUGGAGGCGGUGCGCCCAUACACCGGUUGCUAUCAUCAUUACACAACAACACCCUUGUCUGCCGGGUCGCGUCCUGCGGGGUUAUUUCUUAUACACACAGUAGAGGCCGUCGCUGCCCCCCUACCCCCCCUCGCGAAUCCUGUCGCCACGAUAUCGGCUGGGUGUCAUUCCAGCUGCACCAGACCAGCGCACUAGCUUGCAGCCGCUGUCCAAGGGAGAGCACCUUUGUACCGGCCAUCUCUCUGCAGAUUGUCCGGCGCAAAGGGCCUUCAUCCCACCACUAUUUUCCCAAUGUCGGAAAGAAGGGCGACAAUUACUAUAGAACACACAUCAUCACGGGACUCGAUCACGGACGGGGACGGCGAGUCGCAAUACUCAGAGAGCGAUCUUCCGGCGGACGAGGAGGAGUGGUCGUCGCAUGCCGAAGAAGACGACAUAGACCCUAACGACUCGGCAUCCGCGACAGGAGACUACGUCCCGCAACCGCGACCUCACAGUCGGCCUCCUCGCAACCCACCGCGCCAACACAGCAUUCCCCGGCAGUCAAGGUUUCGGGCGCCACCACCACCGGAUCACAUCCAAACCAUGAGCAGCGAAUCAUAUGAAGAUUCGAUGUACGGCUCGCGAGGUUUCGCGCCUCAACACGCAGGAUUCUACGGAGGGAGGGCUGGUUAUCCAGGGCCCCAGAGCAUCGCUAGCGGAUAUGGGCCCCCGCAUCAUGGGUAUGGGGGGCAGAUGGUCCCCUUCGCCUCGAAUCCCUUUAAUCCGAUGGCACCGGGAGGAGGCGCCGGCUACUUCCCUGAGCAGCGGCCGUACGACAUGAUGCCUUAUCAACAACCCGGCUACUUCGGCGGUGCAGGCCCCGUGGCCGCCCCGGGUUACGGAAUGCCGCCACCCCAUGUUGCGCAAUACAUGUACCAGUCACCACCUCCUCCCCCUACCGAGGCGCCGGGCCCGCCGCGGACCCCAGCGCCGGCAGAGGAGAGACCAAACCCUCAGAUGGAGCAGAUGAGAAAGCAGCUAGAGCUGCUCCAGACCGAACGCAAGGAGCAGGAAGAGUCCAAGAAGCGAGCGGAUAUGGAGCAGAAGAUCAGGGAGGACGCCGAGCGCGCCUUCAAGAUCAGGAUGGAGGAAAUGCAGAGGGCACAAGAAGAGGCUAAGAAGGAGAUCGAGCUCGCCAAGAUUGCUGCCGAGCGGGCGGCACGGGAGCGCAUCGAAGAAGAGCGCAAGGCCGAGGCCGAGCGCCAAAGGCUGCAUGCAGAGAUGAUGGCCAAGGCCGAACGCGACGCCAGGGACCGUAUUGAGAAGGAGAGGAAAGAGGAAGCCGAGCGCCAGCGACAACAUGCCGAGGCCAUGGCAAAGGCCGAGCGGGAGGCCAAAGAAAAGUACGAAGCCGCCCUCAAGGCCGAGGAGGAACGUAAGGCACAGCAGGAGGAAGAGCGGAAGAGGGCGGAAGAGAACGUCCGCCUUAGGCUUGAGGCGGAGGCGAAGGCCAAAGAAGAGGAGGCAAAACUCGCCGCCAAGAAAGCGGAAGAGGAGGCCGAGCGGAAAAAGCUCCUCGAGGAAGAGAUGCGAGUCAGGGCGGAGAAGCAACUCCGCGACAAAAUCGCAGCCGACAAGAAGGCCGAGGAGGACAAGAAGACAGCCGAAGAGGCGGCCAGGCUCAAAUAUGAGAAUGAAGUGAGACUGCAAAUCGAGAAGGAGCGCCUCGCCGCGGAAGAGGCCAAGAAGAAGGAAGAGGACGCCAAGAAAGACAGAGAAGACCUCGAGAAGAAGAUCGCCGAGGAGACCAAGGCCAAGUUGGCCGAGGAGGCGAAGAAGUCGGCUGGCGACGACAAGGAGCCCCUCAAAUUCAAGGAUGCCUUGGGGAGAAAGUUCAACUUCCCAUGGAACCUCUGCUCUACUUGGAGUAGUAUGGAGGAGCUCAUCAAGCAAGCCUUCCACCACGUCGAUGUUACGGGCCCGCACGUUCAGCAAGGCCACUAUGACUUGAUCGGGCCUGACGGCGAGAUCAUUCUCCCUGUCGUGUGGGAGAAGACGGUCCAGCCGGGCUUCCAGAUUAGCAUGCACAUGUGGCCAAUGGACAAGCACCCGUUGCCACCCCAGAUGCCUCCGGGAUUGUCGCCUGAGCAACAGAGGGCAUUCUUGAUAGAUCAGAUGCGGCGACGACAAGCGGCCAUGGCGCAGGGCAGAGGGCACCACCAUGGCGGUGGGCACGCCGCGCCCAUGAGGCCGCCUGGCUUCAUGGGGGCGCCGUUCGGGGGCAACCCGCCGCCGCCGCCUGGGAUGAUGAGACCGCCGCCGCCGGGUGGCGAGGGGAUGCGACCGCAGGGGGUAGAUAUCAUCGACGGCGGCAAGCCGAAGAGGGACAAGGGCAAGAAGGCGAAGAAGACGAUGGCUUUCUUUUCUGGUGCAAGUGCCAAACCUAAGAAGUCCAGUUCAAAGAAGUUUGUAUUUCUCGAGGAUCCUCUUAUUUAUCCUCAACGCUGACGGAAUGAGUGGCAGGCAUUAAUUCGGGAAAACUUUUCUUACGGAAGAUUUCCUUCUUGAGCAACACUAUCUAUCUCGUGGGUUCUGGCCAGAUUUUCCUGGCUGGUCUUUUUGGUUGGACAUUUGCAGCACUUCUCUCAGCUCUUUACCCAGCGAUACCUUUUUGAUUUUCAGCAUAUUCUUUUCUUCUCAAUUCCCCCCGCCGCUCUAACAAUUAUACAACCUCUUUUUUUCCCCCCCUGGGCCGACCUGCGAGGAAUUAUCGAUCAAGGAACGAAGGACAUGAAGGAACGAGGGACGAGACACGGAAACGUGAACGAGGAAGAGAUGACGCCGAGACGACGCGCCGAGACGAGACGAAACGAGACAAGCAAUUCCACGCGUGACGCGAGCUGGAAUGUGGACGGGAGUGCGCAGGCAGGUAACAGAAGGGGAGGAGAGGUCUAGCAGCCUAUUCGCGAUGUUGCUUUUGUUUUUGUUCUUGACCAUGACCCCUGGAUACCACACUUUCACCGACGCAAAAAAAAAGUUCCCUCGGCGCCGAGUAAGCCAUAACCUUAUGAGAGCAAGGCGCAACUGAACAUGAAUGAACGGGGAUGGUGUUUAUUAUCUAAGGUGCGGCCCAGGGACCCUGAUCGGAGGGUGCCCUUCAUCGGCCCUUUAUGUCUAUACAGCGCUUGGAUCUAUAUCUGUCCUUUUGUCUACCGUGCGAGAGUCUGCUUAAUCAUACAACACAUAUUCUGCCACCUCGUACUGUUCUCACCUCGAGCGUGCCGUGGCCCAGGGAGGCCAAUGUCUAAACAAACGGAGCAGAGGCGGCGGCGGCGACGCCGUGGCGCCUUCACAUUCCGCCGAGUAGUUUUUUGAAUCCAACUCUUGUGCAUCCAAACAUGCGCCACCGCAAAUCAGCCCUCCGCGUCCCCAAACAAGUCCCUGGCCCUCUGCUCAAAGGCGUCGACCAUCUUGGUGGCGGUCUCGUCGACGACCUUGGACAGCAUCAUCCGCACGAGCGGGUCGGCGAGGCGCAUGGUGAGGUCGAGGUCGACGGUGGACCAGGUGCCGAUGCGCUUGACGAUGGCGUCCCGGACCGUCCACUUGGUGACGAGGCUCUCGAAGGGGCUCCCCGCGGGGCCGGGGAUGCCCUCGUGCCGCCCGCUCAGGGCCUCGAUGCUGCGCCCCGGCACGCAGACGAUCCUGCUCGUGUACGACUGGGUGAUGGGGCCGAAGCCCACGGUGAGGUCGCCCUCGGCCGGCCAGGCGCGGCCGCCGCCGUCGGCCUCGGACCACCUCGUCACGCGGCUGUGCUGGCAGUAGGGCAGGAAGCUCGAGUACGCGUCCACGUCGGCGAUCAUGUCGUACAGCUUCUCGCGCGGGUAGGGCAGGGUGCGGGAGACGUUGAUGGUCAGGGGCUUGCUCGGCUGGAAGACGGAGUCGAGGAAGGUCCGGCGCUGGGCGGCGGUGGCGAGGGCGAGGGCGGGAGGGCAUGGGCGGCGGGCGAUCAAGGCCCUGCUGGCCAGCCUGAGGGGUCCGGUAGCCGUGGCAGCCAUUUCCGAACGGUGGUAGGACGAAGGCCGGCUAUUGUUAUUGUGCGAUCAUUGUACCUGGCACUUAAUUGGGCGAUGCGCGGGGCCUCUUCUUUUUUUUGGAUUAUUGGAAUUGGC